GGAAAGAUGGUGGUUUUGGUGCUGGUUCUGGUGGUCUGCGUGUGUACAGCUAUUUUGAAAUGGAAUGAACUGAGGUACACCAAAAAAGGUGUACCUCCAGGUACCAUGGGAUUGCCACUCUUUGGUGAGACUGCUCAGUUUUUGAAGCAAGGUCCCAGCUUCAUGAAGAAGCAAAGAGCCAGAUAUGGGAAUUUGUUUAGGACCCACAUCUUGGGCUGUCCUACAGUCAUUUGCAUGGAUCCAGAGCUCAACAGAUUCAUUCUUCUUAGUGAAGGGAAAGGCAUUGUUGCCAGCUACCCUAAAUCCAUGGUCCAUAUCUUAGGAAAAUUCAAUGUUGGAUCUGUGCACGGUGUCUUUCACAAAACCUUGAGAGGGGCCAUGAUUUCCCUCGUUGGGCCCACCAUGAUCAAGGACCAACUCCUAUCAAAGAUUGAUGAGUUCAUGAGAUCCCACCUCAGUGAUUGGAAUGACUCAAUCAUCAACAUCCAAGACAAGACCAAAGAGGUCGCGCUGCUCGCAUCGCUGAGGCAGUUCGGUAUCGAAUCAGGCCCAGUAGCUGACGCAUUCAAGCCUGAGUUCUACAAACUAGUACUAGGAACAAUAUCGCUGCCCAUUGAUCUUCCCGGCACGAACUAUUGGUGUGGACUCCGCGCUAGGGAGAGGAUCUUAAGCAUACUGAGAAGGAUUAUGGAAGAAAGAAGAGCUACCCUAAGUCAUCGAAACGAUUUACUCAAUUCUCUAAUGAACGAACGGUCGAGAUUUGAUCUCACUGAUGAGCAGAUCAUGGACCAGGUCAUCACUGUGCUCCAUUCGGGUUUCGAAGCCAUUUCGCCGACUGUGAUGAUGGCCGUCAAGUAUCUACAUGACCACCCAAGAGUGCUCGAAGAACUACGGAAGGAGCAUUUCAGAAUCCGAAAGGGGAAGGGACCCGACGAUGCGAUCGACUGGGACGACUACAAAUCCAUGGAAUUCACUCGUGGGGUGAUCUUUGAGACUAUUAGAUUGGCCACAAUCACUAAUGGUGUGAUGAGGAAAACAACCCAAGAUAUGGAAAUGAAUGGUUAUGUAAUCCCAAAAGAUUGGAAAAUCUAUGUCUACACAAGGGAGAUAAACUAUGACCCAUCACUAUAUCCAGAACCACUGACCUUUAAUCCAUGGAGAUGGCUGGACAAUAGCUUGGAAUCUCAUCAGCAUUUCCUGAUAUUUGGAGGAGGUUGCAGGCUAUGCCUUGGCAAGGAAUUGGCUAUAGUAGAGAUUUGUACAUUCCUUCAUUACUUUGUGACUAAAUACAGAUGGGAAGAAGUUGGGGGAGAGGAGAUAGUCAAAUUCCCUAGAGUUGAAGCACCAAAUGGAUUUCACAUUAGGGUUUGGAAUUACUAG